AUGUCCCUCCAAGACGCUGACUUCUCUAGGGCGCCCAACCAACGACCUCCAGUUGCGCUGCGGUACGCCAUAUGGACUUUGGCGUGCUCAAUCACUGAGAAGUACAUUGAUCUCAAGGAUCUUUUUUACCAGAGAGCCCGCAAGUAUGUCGAAGCAGACUACAUCAAAGGCUACGGCGAACACAUGAUAUCCGUGGCCCACGCACAAACACAUGUGCUUUUGGCUUCCUAUGAGUUCAAGAUGAUGUACUUCCCAAGGGCCUGGAUGAGCACAGGCUCAGCCGUUCGUCUAUGCCAAAUGAUUGGUCUGCACAGGCUCGAUGGCGCCGGCCUGGAUGUGAAGCAAUGCCUCCCACCACCGCGAGACUGGACGGAACGUGAGGAGAGACGGCGUACGUUCUGGAUGGCGUUCUGUGAGGACCGCUACGCCAGCAUUGGAACUGGAUGGCCCAUGACUGUUGACGAAAAGGACAUCAUGACCAAUCUACCAUCAUCAGAGGAGGCCUUCGACAUGAGCCGGCCUGAGCAAACUCAGUCUCUACAAGAAUGUAUGAGUCCGUCUGGAGCCGGAAAGCUGUCGUCUUUCGGUGGUAUUGUGCUCAUGGCAUGCCUCUUCGGUCGGAACCUCAUCCACCUUCAUCGGCCUGACGUGGACGACAGAGAUCACGAUCUAAACGGCGAAUUCUGGAAGCGCCAUCGUACUAUGGACAAUAUCUUGCUCAAUACUUCGCUUUGCCUGCCAACACAUCUCAAACUUCCCGCCGGUCUCGGGAACCCAAAUAUUGUCUUUACUAACAUGAGCAUCCAUACGUCUACUAUCUGUCUUCAUCAAGCAGCAAUUUUCAAAGCCGACAAGAACCGCCUGCCGGCCUCUGUGAGUGCCGAGAGCAAAGUUCGGUGCAUCACCGCAGCGAACGAAAUCGCGAGCAUCAUGAGGACCAUUUCGCACAUGGACCUAUCCGCGAUGAAUCCUUUCAUUUCAUUCUGCCUCUACGUGGCUGCGAGAGUCUUUGUUCAAUAUCUCAAGAGUCGGCCGGAUGACAGCCAAACAGCCGACUCACUGAGAUUUCUCUUAUCUGCUAUGAACGCGCUCAAGAGAAGAAACCCUCUCACGGAAUCUUUCCUUGUGCAGCUUGAUGUUGACCUGGAGGCCUUGGCGAUGCGGAUACCGAAGCUGAAGUCAGCUUUCCCGCGCAGUGGCGAUAGCCCCAAUGCAAACGGCGGGACCCGUGGGCCGGUAUGUGACGACCCUGAAGGGGUGCAGGGUAUCAUGUCCUACCGCAACGAAUGCCAUUUCAUGAAGGUUGGGGGUGACAAUGGCAACGCGGCGGCGGCACCAAGUAUUGUUGAGCCCGAGCUAGACACAGAUGGCGGCCCGAACUCAGCCUCCACCGGGUUCGGAGACCCGGAGUCCAGUUACAUGGAUCAGCCCUGA